AUGCCGGGAGAUCGCAAUCAUGUCGUGGUGGUCGGAUCCGCCAACCAAGAUUUGACAUCCUACACUCCCACUGUGCCAGUCAUGGGCGAGACCGUUAUGGGUCAAGAAUUCGAAACCUCGUGUGGAGGAAAAGGUUCCAACCAAGCCGUCGCGGCGGGCAGUCUCGGAAUUAGUCCUGUUACCAUGAUCUGUCGCGUAGGGGACGAUGUAUUUGGCGAAGCGCUCCUCGACAAAUUGGCUAGCGUAAACGUUGCCUGGGACGAAACUCGUACCAUUUUGAGAGGCAAAAAUAGUCCUGCCUCGGGAACGGCUACUAUUGUGGUCGAUACCAACAGUGGGGACAAUAUGAUUAUCGUGACACCAGGUGCUAACUAUGCGCUUUCUCCGAACGACGUGGAAGAGUCGCUGCGAGCCCUUCCCGAACCGCCUGCCAUUGUUGUAGUGCAGUUGGAGAUCAAGCCUGCUGCCGCAUUACAGGCGCUCCGCACUGCAAAAGAUUUGGGCGCCAUUACGGUUUUAAACCCGGCACCCGCCCCGGAAGGCUACACGCUGGAUGAUUUUUUCCCGUAUGUAGAUAUUCUGAUUCCCAACGAGACCGAAUUGAGAAAAUGUCUCGGGAAAGAUGAAUUGUCCGACGAAGACGAAGAAGCGCUAGCCAAAGAAUUGCUCGACAAAGGGAUGGGUAUGGGAGUCAUUGUAACUCUAGGCGCUCGGGGAGCCAUGGUUACUUUAGUGGACGCUCCAAGAGAUCUGCCAGCGCGCAACGAACCUAUUAAAGACACAAUUGGAGCAGGCGAUGCCUUUUGCGGUGCACUGUCGACUUAUCUUUCGGCCGGUUUAUCCCUGACGGAGGCUGCUGGCAAGGCAUGCGGUGUGGCUAGCAUGUCGGUGCGGCGUCGUGGCGCC